AUGUUGCAAUCAAUCUGCUUUUCGAAAGACGACUUCUUCAAGGUUUUUCCUGCUCCUUCUUCGCUAGUCAGCAGUGUAGGUUUUGCCUAUAGCGCCAAUUCGGAUCUUGAUGUCGAAACUGAUUUCAAUCUUGUUGUUGAAUGGUUGUCCAGUUUUCAAGUCAAUGUUAGCCCUCCCAUUGUGAUUGAGCGAGCAAUCAAAAACAUAUUUGGGUUAGAAGAUCAAUUGGUUGAAGUCUAUGUGGAAUUAAUCAGAAACAGUUUUGCUCAAAAGGCUGUGGGUGAUUUAUCAGAGUGUUUACACGAUAAUCAGAUUGAAUCAGAUGGAAAAGAUCACACUCAACAUGGGGAGACCAGACAUCAAGAUGAAUAUCAGAGCAAAAUAGAGGAUUUUAAUCAAGAGACGACGGUGAAAAUUAUUGAAACCAUUAAACUUAUCAAAGACCAUUAUUUUUUUCCCUUGAGAUUUUUGAAUUUGAAUUCAGAUCAAAUCUUGGUUAUCGAUAAAUCACUAAAUGCUUUAUUUCAAGCUGUUUUGUUAUCAUCGAAUUUAAAUGAGCAAAAUAAUAGUCAGUUCAAUAUUAUUUCUAAUUUCAAUUUCAUUGAAAACUUGGAUAAACUAUAUCAAAAUUACUUAUUUAAUAAUAACUCGUCAGAUUUUGUCAAUUUACUUAAUUUGAGCAAUAUUUUAAUAAAUAUUGACUUGACUAAAAAUCUCAAUUUCACAAUCGCUAAAGUGACUCAGUUAUAUCUUAAAAAUUACAUUUUUAUCAAUUGCUCCAAAAUCUGGGACGAAUUUCUACUUGAAAAGAUAUAUUUAUUUAUCAAAUUGGAAAUUAUUCCCAAAUUAAUAAAUUUUCCAUUUUUAUUAAUAAAUGAUUUUGAUGAAUAUUAUUACUACAAUAAUACCAAUACUGUUAAUAGCAAAACAUCUAAUUUUUUAUUCAAAAAUUUGAAAAAUAUUGCUGAUUCAGAACUAGUGAAUCUAAGAAUAAUUGAGAGUUUUGAUAUACUAGUUGAUUUUCCCAAUUCAAUCAUUGCGUUGAAGGAGUUACGGCAAUCGCUCAAAACUUCAAGUCAAAGAAGUAAUUUAGUUAAUACUUUUAUUAUGUUGUGUACAAAGAGAUUGCUACUAGCCGGUGCAAAUACAAUUGAUAUUAUAACGUGUUACAUAUCAACGAUUAAGAUCUUUUUAAUUAUUGAUCCAAGAGGUGUAUUGUUGGAUAAAGUUUGCAGGCCGAUUCGAAGGUAUCUUCAAGAGAGAGAAGAUACUAUUGAAUAUAUUGUGCAUGGUCUAUUGAAUGAUCAAAAUAAUGAAUUAGGUGAAUUAGGUGAAGAGUUGAAGAAAACUGAAAAAAUUAAAAAAAUUAAUAAUUAUAAUGUGACGACUUUAGCCACUGUUAAUGGCGGUAGUAACAAUAAAGUGGUGGUUGAUAUUGAAGAAGAGUUGAGUUGGAUACCUGAUCCUAUUGAUGCUUUGCCUGAUUUUAAAAAAUCAAAAGUCAACGAUGUUAUCGAAUCAUUAAUAACUUUGUUUCAUCCAAAGGAUAUUUUUCUUAAUGAAAUUACAGCAGUUCUAUCCUCUCAAUUACUAAAGCUCACAAAUUACAAUAUUAACGAAAUCAUUAACAAGAUCGAACUAUUGAAAUUGAGAUUCGGAGAAUCCGAGUUUGAUUCAUUAGAAGUGAUGGUAAAGGAUAUAUCAGACUCUAAAACAAUGGAUAGUAUAUUGCAUAAGAACAAUGGAGAAAAUAGCAAAUUCCAUUCAACGGUAUUAUCUCGUUUGUUUUGGCCUAAUAUUAUAUCAAGAUUGAAAAAAGAAAAAUUCACAUUUCCUGCAGAAAUCCAGAAACAGUGUGAUCUCUAUUCAUCAAACUUCAAAAAAUUGAAAAGAGAUCGCGAGCUUGUUUGGUUGCCAACGUUAGGAACAGUUGAAAUCGAGCUCGAAUUGGAAGACCGGGUGAAAGCAUUCAAUGUUUCCCCAGACAAGGCCACAGUUAUAAUGCAUUUUCAAGAGAAGCCCAGAUUGACGAUGGAAGAGCUUAAAAACAGGUUUCCUGAUUUGUCUGAAAACAUAUUGAAAAAAUCCAUCACCUUCUGGAUCAAGCACGGCGUGGUGGAAGAAGCUGCACCAGGCACCUACAAUGUUGUUGAAAAUGAGAAGGAGAGAACCAAAGUUGCGAAAAAGAGCCAGGGAGCCUCGAUCAAUACAGCAAACGACAACGACAACAUCAUCGAUGCUGAGAACGAGAACGAAUCCGAGGUGUAUGAGGCUGCGAUGCAGAACUACUGGCCCUUUAUCAGCUACAUGCUCACGCUGCAUGGCUCGUUGCAGGCCGACAGAAUCCACUCCUUCUUGGGGUUGGUGGUGCCCAAGGAGAUGGGCUACUCCUACACCAAAGAGCAGUUGCGAACCUUUCUCGAGUGGUGUGUGAAGCAGAACACCCUCGAGCCAGUGCUUCCGAACUCGUUCCGGUUGAAGAAGAACGAGUGA